UUCAAUUCCAGAUAUUCAUUUCAUUCAUACAUCACAAUUCACAACGACCACUCUUGAUUAUUAACGUUCCUGUUUCAACGAUCACCAACAUCACAUCACCGUCGAGCUCAGAUCUGAUCUCUCCGACCACCGCGAUGUCCACGGCGGCGCUGAAGGCCGUAACACUAACCCACGUCCGAUACCAACGCGGCGACCGCAUCGGCCACUUCCUCGCCUGGGUAUCCCUCGUCCCAGUCUUCAUCAGCCUCGGCGGUUUCUUCUGCCACUUCAUGUUCCGCCGCGAGCUCCAAGGCAUCUUCUUCGCCGUCGGCCUCGUCAUCUCGCAGUUCAUCAACGAGCUCGUCAAAACCACCGUGCAACAAGCCCGCCCUGAAACCUGCGCCAUCCUCGAAAUCUGCGAUUCCCAUGGCUGGCCCUCGAGUCACUGCCAGUACAUGUUCUUCUUCGCCACCUACCUCACCCUCGUCUACGCCUCCAAAGGGUUCACCGUUUUCCAGAACAAUCUCAUCGUUCACCUCGCUACCUGGUCGCUCGCGUUUCUCACUGUGUUCUCGAGGGUUUAUCUGGGUUACCACACGCUUGCUCAGGUUUUCGCUGGUACCAUUUUGGGGGUUUCUCUUGGUGCGAUUUGGUUCUGGGUUGUUAACACUGUGUUGCGUCCUUAUUUUUCUCUGAUUGAAGAAAGUGAGUUUGGGAAGCGGUUUUAUGUGAAGGACACUUCGCAUAUCCCCAAUGUGUUGAAGUUUGAGUAUGAACAAGCCAGAGCUGCCAGGAAAAACGUGCCCUCCACCUCUAAUAAGUCUGAUUGAUUGAUGGCAGGUUGCUUCGAAUUUUUCUUCUCUGGAGCAUUCACUUUAAAAGCCAGCAAUACAAAUGAUGAAGACUGAACAGAAUAACAGAGCACAUACACAGUGAUAUUUUAGGCCUAUGAUGCCUAUGAAAUUAAAAUGAUGCAACAAUAGAUGGCUAUCAGGUGUUAUAUAGUUUAGAUAGACACUUGAAGAUUUUAGCUUUUGUUCCUUUUGGGUCUAGACGAAGAUACAUUGAUACACAAUUAAGGCAGUAAUUUUUCUCAAAGUUGAUCAAGGAGUUGUCUAGCAUGUUUUAUCUUGUAUGCAUCUUAAACUUGCUCAAGAUUGCAUAAUAAGUUAUUUGCCACUCAUAUACGAAA